UUACUCUUUCAACCCAAAUCCAUUCAUUAAACCCUACAAAACUCCCCUCUCCUUCCUCUUAUGCUCUCUGCAUUAAACCCUACAAAACUCCCUUCUCCUUCCUGUUAUGCUCUCUGCAUUAAACCCUACAAAACUCCCCUCUCCUUCCUCUUCUGCCCUGCUCUUUGUAUUCUACCUGCUUCUCUGAGGUUUUGGAGAGAGAGAGAGAGUUGCAGUAUACUUUUAAUAGGCAAGAAAACUGGUCUGGCAAUUAGGGUUACCCACCCUGUUAUCUUCUUUGCAGUGGGUGAGAAGGAAAGGAAGAUGGGAGUUGGAGAGAGGUAAGAGAGAUGCUACCGCUUCAGUGAGAUGCAAAAGCUCUUGACUUGUUCCCCCACUGGACCAGCAUCAGCUGUUGGCAAAAGUUGGGCUGCGGCGGUGGCCUUAUCUCCCAACUUUUGCUUGCCGCCCUUGGCCAUGCCGCUAGCUCGCGCUAGAGCACCGCCAAACCCCUCAUGGUGCAACUCUUCUUUUAUGGGUUCUUCGGAGAGGUCCCUUCUCCAUCGGUUUGGCUGUGCUUCCUUGGCACGGGCAUUGGCUGCCAGGGGCUUCAGCUUCCGUGUGUGCUGCUCGUCUGCUCCUAAGCCGAAGUAUAAGCCUUGGGCUGAAGUGCGCUCUGCUUGGUUUCAUGACGAAGGGGAAGAGAGAGGGAAGAAAGUGGAAGGUGCUGCUGCUGAUUCUGAUGACGAUGAUGAGGAGAGCAGGAGGUUACCAGGCAGCGAUUUUCAGGGGAGACAGCAGCGGUUGCAGAGGAGACAGAGGGGGGUAGGGCCUCAGGGCAGUGGCAGCGGCAGCAGCAGCCCUGACCUUCUCAGCAUACCAGGAGUUGGGCCUCGCAACAUGCAGAAGUUUGUAGAUAAGGGCAUUGAAAAGGUUUCGGAGCUCAAGCAGCUUUACAGAGACAAGUUUUUUGGAGAAUCUAGUCAAAAAAUGGUUGAGUUCUUACAGAGUUCUAUAGGGAUCAUUCACAGACACCAUGCAGAGAGUAUAACUUCUUUUAUCAAAGAACGCGUGGAUGAAGAGUUAAAAGAGGAAAGCCCUGAGUCUGGCAAGAAACUUGCAGAGAAAAAGCGGCUCACUUUCUGUGUUGAGGGAAAUAUUAGCGUCGGGAAAACCACGUUCCUUCAAAGGAUAGCUAAUGAAACGCUUGAAUUACGUGACCUAGUGGAAGUGGUUCCUGAACCUAUUUCAAAGUGGCAGGAUGUUGGGCCUGACCAUUUCAAUAUCCUUGAUGCCUUUUAUGCUGAGCCACAGAGGUAUGCCUACACGUUCCAAAACUAUGUAUUUGUUACAAGGGUUAUGCAAGAGCGAGAAUCUGCAGGCGGAGUAAAGCCCCUACGGCUGAUGGAAAGAAGCGUUUUCAGUGAUAGAAUGGUUUUUGUGCGAGCUGUCCAUGAAGCAAACUGGAUGAAUGAGAUGGAGAUAAGCAUUUACGAUUCAUGGUUUGAUCCUGUGGUGUCCUGUCUUCCUGGGCUUAUCCCAGAUGGAUUUAUCUAUCUUAGGGCUAGCCCAGAUACUUGCCAUAAGCGGCUAAAGCUUAGGAAAAGGGCUGAAGAAGGUGGUGUCACCCUGGAUUAUCUGCAUGACUUGCAUGAAAAGCAUGAGAGCUGGUUAUUCCCUUUUCAAAGUGGAAAUCAUGGUGUAUUGUCUGUCAGUCCGUUAUCAAACCAAAUGGACAGCUCCUUGCAUGCAGAUAUAAGAGAUCGUGUGUUUUAUCUUGAAGGGGAUCACAUGCAUUCAAGCAUUCAAAAGGUUCCUGCUUUGGUUCUAGACUGUGAACCUAAUAUUGAUUUCAGCAGAGACAUCGAGGCCAAACGACAAUAUGCUCGGCAAGUUGCAGAAUUUUUCGAGUUUGUUAAAAAAAAGCAAGCUGCAGAGGAUCGUGAGAAGAAAUCCAACGAACAAGGGCAGAGGAGCCCAAAUAACGGUCAGCAACAGAUAUUACUGCCUCAUGGUGGUGGUAGGCUCUGGGUUCCAGAUGGUAGCCACCCCUUGCAGCUGCAGCAGCAGCAGCAGGCAGCCAUGAAAUCCUUGGAUUUUAAGCGAGCCAUGUCAUUUCUCUCUAUUUAAAUGCUCCCUCAGUUAGUCGACUCUACUCUGCUGGCUCUAACACUUGUGAGAGGAAACUAAGACCGGGUUAUUCUCCUCUCUUGUUUGACUAAUUUAUGCACUUAGAGAUCUUGUGGCUUUUUCUUUUUGCUUAUCCUGAUGUAAAAGUGAUGUGCUUUAGUUAUGCAAUCCAAUUUUGUUUGGAUAUGAAUGAUAAACUCAUCAGCUUAACAUUUUAACCUAUAUAUUUAGAAAGGGUGAAGUUUGUAGAAGGUGUCAACCUUA